AUGGCUGAGCCGUUUAGUAGGAAAGCCAUUGCCAAGGCAUUCUUCGGCCUCGAUAUCUCCGACGCCGAACCUUGCGUUAGAAGUCGACACCCGCAGGCUAAGGCGCUGAUCCAAUCGAAGCAGAAAUCCUUACUACUCGACUUACCAGUCGAAAUUCGACUUAAAAUAUAUGACCUGCUUCUCGUUAGCCGGUUCAACCGCUGGGACAACCCAUCCUGGUCAGUUGGAAACACUUAUCAGAAGUUGGUUAUGCUGGACUUCAUCCAAGCUCGACAGUACCGAACGAUGGAGCCAGCUGUACUACAGACGUGCAAGCAGAUUUAUCUUGAGGCGGCCCCGAUAAUUUACUCGCGAAACGUAUUCCGCUUCAACCAUCCGGACUUGAUGUUGCGGCUCAUAGUUCAGAUUGGGUAUACGAACACGAAGCUGAUUCAAUCUCUGGAUAUCUACGUACCCCCGAACGCCGACAAGGGUUCUUGGUUGAAUCUACUCCGUAUCCUCCCCGAAGCCACUACGGGUAUAAAGAGUGUGGUGGUGAGAUGGUGGGGUGAGGGCGUCGACAAGACCUGGGAACGAAGCCUGGGAAAGGACAUAGCUAUUGCUCAGGCCUUAGCAGGGCUAUCGAAAUUGGGCGUGGAGAAGCUUAGGAUAGAGGGAUACUACGCUAAGCCUUGGCCUGCAUACUUCAGAGACAAGUUCGGGGCGCUAGCGGUUGAAGAUGAAGACGGUCGUCCACGCCUACCUAAAGAUGACGAUGAUGAUUGGAUGCGUAAGCUGGACGAAGAUACUUUGGAGGAUUUCAGAAGAUAUCAGAACGGAACAGAUCUGCUGAAUCCAUGGGAGAAAGAAACCGGUGAUGCAGAAUUUCUAUAA